AUGAUCAACAAGAAAAGUACAUCUCAGACACCAACAAAAUCCGGAACAUCAUCAUCUCUGACUAGAAGCCGAGAAAUGAAGAAGAUUAAGAAGAGUAGUUUGGAGGAAUCCGAAGAGGUGAAGAAUUUGUUGGACAAGAUUUCUCAGCAUGAUGAUGCAAGUCCAUUCAAAUUUGCAACAAAUGAAGAAGAUAGGCUAUUCCACUCCUUGAUUUCUAUUGAGAACGAAAAUAUUGCCAUUACAACAAAUCCAUUGUAUGAGGAAAUAUCAAACAUUUUUCAUGAACAAUUAAACGUGGCCACUGAACAGAGCUCCUCCUGGAGGGACUAUUAUUCCUUUAUCAGCAAACUAAAUAAGAUUCUCACAAGUCAAGAAGAUUCAAGAUCAAUGAUUAAUGAAGAAAUAUUUGCUCAACUGAAGGAUCUUCCAUCUCAAAGAAUAAUGACUGUGUAUAAUGAAUUUCUACAAUCACAAAAGUCUCUUCCUGAUGUUUGGGAAUCCACUUUGAUGGGAAUGAUUGUUAAUAUUCUUAAUCACCAAUUUAAAUUUAGGAAAAACAUUAUUUUCGGAACGUAUAAACAUUCAUCUAUCAAAACAAGUCAAGAAGCAGUCCAAUAUGUUGACUCAUAUGCUGUUAAAGGUACAUCACUCAAGAACAAGGCAAGACUAAUUCCAGACGCGUUUGCUCAGAUUCAUAUUUUUGAAGACCAACCUUUCGUGUUCUUUAAAUGUGAAGGACAGAGAGCUGAAACAUGGACACACAAAGACCAUUUUAAAAUAUAUAUUGAAAUGAAAGGCAUGCUUAAAGACUACGGAAUACCUUUUGGUUACACCAUAAGAGAGUCCGAUAUUUUUAAUUUAUCUUCCACGGAGGGAAUUGUUGCACUAACAACAUUUAUUGAAAGUAUGUGCGAAAAUGUUUACAAUUUAGAAUUUAAUGAGGAGGAGUUUGAAGAAAAUGCACGCCUUUCUUCCUCAAGCACACCAAUGAGAGCAAAAACUCAGUCAUUAGAAAGAAUUGUAAAGGAAAUGGAUGUGAGAUUUGGUACAAACAUGCCGUCUUCAAUGCCCACAACUUCAUUUGAAACUCUUGAAGAAGGAAAACGAGUUUCAAAGAAAAUUCUUUCUGGAAUGUUUGUUAUUGGAGAGCAAAUUGAGAAAGAACAAGCAAAAGCUUCCAAUAUUGUUUAUAUAUUCAAGACUUCGAAUCCAUAUAUUUUUGUCAGAUCAUUCGACAUCACCUCAUUCGUUGGAAUAUUUUAUUGGGCUGAAACGAAAUUUUAUGAUCUGAGAUCUUAUCUAUUUUCUCUCUCUAUUAAGAAAAAUCAAGAACAAUUAUGGAUGAAAAUUCUUGACGAACAUCGAAGCGAUGACUCAAGAAGUCGCAAUGAACAUGAACACGAUGAAUUAAGUAGAAAUUUCCACCAUGAACACAAUCAACAAUCAAGAGGUACCUCUUUUGAAUCAAAUUUCAAGUAUAUUCCUGACCCAAUGAAUGAAAUAGAGUGUGCUAUUGUUUUAGAGGAACUAUUGGCCUUGAAAAAUUUCCAGUUCUUACUAAACUCUAUGAGAUGCGAUACAUCAUGCACCAGUUUUUAUGGUUCUGCAUUUUCUCAACUCUAUGGACCAGUGUUUGUCAAGGGCACUGUAUUCAGAACGGAAAAUGAAUCCGUUAUGAAACGUCUUGUCACUCUUUCUCAAACAAGAUCAACUUUUUCAAACAUUGUUCGAGUUUUUGAAUAUCAUGCAAUUAGUUCAAACUCAAAGUUGAUCAGUGUUAUUUUCAAUUUGAUGAAACAACAUAACGACAAGUGUGUUCUUGAACUGAGAAAACUUGUUAACUCUACAGAUCUCGUUAGUAUCACCAUUCUAGAGAGAUUAAUCUCUUUGGAUGAUUUUAUGAAUAUGCUGUCGGUUCGUCGUUGGUUGAACAAGUGUAGAAUCAAAUUUUUCAUGAACCUUGUGAGACAAUGUUUCGAAAUAUUGUUCCAAUUAGACCAAUUUAAUAUUCUCCAUUCGGACAUCUCUUUUGGAAAUUUAAUGAUUCGAUUGGAUCAAGAUCAUUGGAACUCUGCUUCCAGCGAUGAGGAGAAAAUUGCAAGCUUUAAGCUUGUGAUUAUUGAUUUCAACUCCUCAAUGUUGCUGAAAGAACAAGAUACAACGACGAACGAGAGCGAAGUGGUACAUAGAAAAAUUAUUCCUAAUCAAAAGGUUGAUCUUGUUUUCAAGUAUCCAUAUUCAGAACCAAGUUUAGACACAGAUGAAGCAGAUAUUUAUUCAAUGGCAGUGGUUAUUGUUAAUUAUUUACAUUACUUUCAACACAGGAACACCUUGAAUAGCGAUGAUCCUUUCCAAUCUUGUAUGGAGUACAAGAUUCUAAUGUUGGACUUUUUGAAUGAUUUUCAAACCAAUUACAAGCACAUGUAUGGAGAUGAAAUUGUGCAUCUUGUGUCGUUGCUUAAAUACAUGUUGGCAACUGGAGAAGAAGAGAGACCAGUUCUGAAGAAAAUUAAAGGCAAGUUGGAAAAGGUGAAAUCAUUAUGGACUCGCAACAUUUUAACUCGAACUCCAUUGAAGAGCAUUUCAAAUCCAAUGACCGUCCAGAGAAAUGCAAACACCAACCAUGAAUUUCCAAGAAAAUGA